AACGAAAUAUUGAUUUAAGUACAGCAGCUGUGCGCUAUCUGUGUUUUGUAAAUGUAAUUCAAGGCCACGUUACGUUGUCACGGUCAUUGAAUAAAGUUUACGUUUGUCGUCAAUAGAUGUCGCUGCCCUGUUUUAAAACUGGCUAUGAAGAUGUUACCACAAAUAGUACUUCAACACACUCGAGCCGUGAAACGUUUGCCAUCAGAAGGGUCUUAACUGACUCGACUGAACAGCGAAUGAUGAGGUCGGAUAUGAUUCUUGUUGAUUAAAAUCCGCUCCCUAGCUUAUCAACUAUCGCAGAUUUGCUAGGCGAAUGUCUGACGCUGUUUUGGCCAAUUUUAAAUUAACUUUCAUUAUACGCUAUACGGUUGGUGGAGCUGACUGGGGGUCAUCGUCGGAGUUUUGAUAGACGACACCACGAAAGUGGAUAUUAGACUUGCGCAAAACAUCACUUCCCAAUGUAAUGUGAUAUGACAUCACUUUUACAGAUAGGUGAUAUUACUCGAAAACAUUACACAUCACUCUUAACAUUACUCGGUGCGUUCAAAGUGAUGUGUAUAAACACAUCACUUAGGUAAUGAUUCGGGUGUAUAGAUACAAUGUAUUCGUCGUCACAGUAUCUAUUGAACGCACCGAGUAAUGUUAAGAGUGAUGUGUAAUGUUUUCAUCAAUCAUUACCUAAGUGAUGUGUAUAAACACAUCACUUAGGUAAUGAUUCGGGUGUGUCAUUACAAUAGUGUAUUACAAUACAAAGUAUGAACUUUGUAUUGUAAUACACUGUUAUAUUACUUGACAGAUUGACUUACUUAAUAAUAUAAUAAUUUUAUUUUUUACUUAAUAUAAUUUAUUGUGGGAUGAACGGAUUUCAUAUGGCGACUUAGACUGCAAAUUGAGCUCGACAAUAAUGUUAAUAUACGAGAGCAGUAGAUGCAUUGUUUCGGCGCGAUAUCCUCAAAGUGCAUCCAAGGAGGACUGUACUUUCAUUUAGACGCCGUUAUUUCUUUCACUUAUUAAACACGCAUUAAAACAAAUAAUAAAACUAUCUUCAAACAAGUGCUUAAGUAAUUCAAAUCAAACACAAAAAUUAAUAUGAAAUAUUACUAAACAAUUACGAGCGACUAGCGAUUUUACAAAAGUUGCGAAUAAAAAAUUAAGUAAGUACUUGCGGGGAGCUACCGGCUGGCCGCAUGAAAAAUAUAAACACAAAUACCUAUAUUAAAAUUCAGACGUACCAUAGGUAUAAAAAUGUACCUAGCGGCCAGGACAUAUGGUUCAAAAUCACUAGGAAUAAUUCCGUGUCGCUUGCUCAUUUAUUUUGCGUCGAUCGGUCUGUCUCGCUCGCUCGGUUCCGUUCGUGUAUUACACGACAAAGAAAGAAACAUGUUGGGUGAUAGUGUGAUGUUUGUUUCCUUCGCGUAAUGUGUGAUGUUGCAUUACAUCGUAGAGUAAUAUUACCCGAGUAAUAUCACUCGCAUUACUUACACAUGUCUAGUGGAUAUCGUUAACAUUGUUAUGAAGAGACUUUUAAUGUCAUAAACUGAUAUUAUUAAUGCCAAAAAGUUGACUUUUUAUGGUUAAUUUUUAAUUAUUGAUAAUUGUUUAGUGAACAAAAGUUAAACGACCACGCGACGAAUUGUAUUUGUGUGUGUCAUUGUAUUCUCGGCUGCCUCAGGUUCGAUUUAAUCACUAAUGAACCAAAAGCCGAGAGCGCGAUCGCACGUCGCAAAAUGGGACAAGAGCAAUCUUACGUACACGCCAACGGUCCAGUGAGACGUUACAAGAACAAAUACGAAGAUCCUGUGCAAUACAGGAACUCUAUCGACUGCAGGAAAAGCGAAUACGAGAGCAAGGAAUACGAAUACAUACGACAGAAAGCGAGACGGAGCGCCGACAGUUUCAAGAGCGACCACUCCACCGAGAGCAGUGGAUACCGGAGCGGAUCCAGCGCCUGCGAGUGCCGAUCCGAAGUCUCAUCGAAAAGCGGAUACUACGGCACGUCUCUGUACAAAAACGAUCACUACAAAGACGCGAACAAAGACAUUUACAAACCAGUGAAGCUACCAAAGGAGAAACGCUACAGGAAUCAACUUAUCCAACUGCAGAAGGACGAAUUGAAAAGCGCCCGACUAAUGAGUUAUCUGGACGAAAGCGAUAAAGGACAGUUUAAAACUGGGUCAUCGAAAAAGUCCGGCAUAAGGAAUUAUACUCCAAAGAUUCUCUCGGAAGAGGAACAAAAGGGCAAAUUGGAUUGGAGUUAGAGUAGAUAGUUUGUAGUUGUAUAUAGUAGCUUAGUAGUAGAUGUAUAGUGGCAGAUAUGGAGGCGGCAGGAGCUUUGGCGAGCUUGGCACCGUCGCCGAUUACCGUGUUGGGUCUGAUACCACUCCUGGCAUUAGGGAUCACGUACUUCAGAUACCAACAAUACGAUCCGGAAUCCUACGUUACGGACAUCAAUGCUGUGAUGCCGAUUUAUGACUUCGUGGUAGUGGGGGGAGGUUCGGCCGGCGCUGUGGUUGCGUCGCGCCUUUCCGAGAUCGGCAACUGGACCGUCCUCCUCCUCGAGGCGGGAUACGACGAGAACGAGAUCUCGGACAUCCCCGCACUGGCGGGCUACACGCAACUCUCCGAAAUGGACUGGAAGUUCCAAACGACACCUUCGAACAAUCGUUCGUAUUGUUUAGCCAUGAACGGUGAUAGAUGUAAUUGGCCGAGAGGUAAAGUUCUGGGUGGCAGCAGCGUACUCAAUGCCAUGGUAUACGUUAGAGGAAACCGUAACGAUUACGACUUGUGGGAGGCACUCGGUAAUCCUGGAUGGUCGUACGAUUCCGUUCUGCCUUAUUUCCUAAAAUCAGAAGACAAUCGGAACCCCUACUUAGUGAACACGCCGUAUCACGCGGCCGGUGGAUACCUGACCGUUCAAGAAGCACCAUGGCGUACUCCAUUAUCAGUUGCGUUCUUAAAAGCCGGCAUGGAACUGGGUUACGAGAACCGAGACAUAAAUGGAGCGAAACAGACUGGGUUCAUGUUGACGCAGGCGACUAUGAGGCGCGGGAGUCGAUGCAGCACAGCCAAAGCGUUUCUAAGACCCGUGCGACACAGGGACAACCUUCACGUUGCGCUCGGAGCACAAGUCACCAGAAUACUUAUUAAUCCAGUCAAAAAACAAGCAUAUGGGGUGGAGUUCAUACGCAACGGCGUCAAACAGAAAGUCAGGAUUAAGAGAGAAGUGGUAAUGUCGGCCGGAGCAUUGGCAACACCUCACUUGAUGAUGCUUAGCGGGGUUGGACCAGCGGAACACCUCAGGGAACACGGCAUUCCUUUGAUAGCGAAUUUGAAAGUCGGCCACAACUUACAAGACCAUGUCGGUUUGGGUGGAUUGACCUUCGUAGUCAACAAGCCCGUCACGUUCAAGAAGGACCGAUUCCAGACAUUUGCUGUGGCCAUGAACUACAUUCUAUCUGAAAAGGGACCAAUGACGACCCAAGGCGUUGAAGGAUUGGCUUUCGUCAAUACAAAAUACGCUCCGCCAUCAGGGGCUUGGCCCGAUAUUCAGUUCCAUUUCGCUCCUAGUUCAGUAAACUCUGAUGGCGGAGAACAGAUCCGAAAAAUCUUGAAUUUGCGAGAUCGAGUUUACAAUACCGUGUACAAACCCAUUGAAAAUACCGAAACCUGGACCAUUCUUCCGUUACUUCUGCGCCCGAAAAGCUCCGGUUGGGUUAAAUUGAGGAGUCGCAACCCUUUCCAGCCCCCCUCGAUAGAGCCUAACUAUUUCGCGUACAAGGAGGAUAUCAAAGUACUGACGGAAGGCAUAAAGAUCGCUAUGGCGAUUUCGAAUACCACUUCUUUCCAAAGAUACGGAUCAAGGCCCCACAACAUUCCCCUGCCCGGUUGCCAACACCACGUGCUCUUUAGUGACGAAUACUGGGAGUGCAGUUUGAAGCACUUCUCUUUUACGAUUUACCACCCCACCGGGACCUGCAAGAUGGGGCCAAAACAUGAUCAAGAAGCCGUCGUAGACCCAAGGCUGCGAGUGCACGGUGUUGCCAACCUGCGGGUCGUGGACGCGAGUGUCAUGCCGACCAUUAUAAGUGGCAACCCCAACGCUCCUGUCAUCAUGAUAGCUGAGAAAGCAUCGGACAUGAUCAAGGAGGACUGGCUUGUAUUAUGACAGUGCUAAGUGUUAAAGACUAAGAAAAUUCAAAAUACUCAUAAGUGUAAUUACAUGUUAGUUAUUUAAUUUCUGUAAUUAUUAGUCACUUUGUAAAUAAUGUAAAAGUUUAGAAGUAUUCUUACAUUUUUUAUUGUAAUGUAUCAAAGUCUUUAAUUAAUUAAAUAAGGAAUAAAUUU